AUGCGGAAAGUCUUGAACAUGGCUGGUGCCAGUGAUCGAUUGCCGAGACCGCCUUACGACCCGGAGAUCGAAUCCAUCAUCAACUCCCUGGGCGGAAUGCCUGAGCGGUACGAGGUCGAGAAGCUACGGAAGGACGCGGCCGUUCGGAUACAACCCUUCACCAACGCCCUGCUUGCCGAUAAGAGCGUCUGCGUCGAGGAUGUCACCAUCCCUGGACCACGGCAGGGUCUGACGGUGUCGGUGGUUCGACCAAUCGGAGUCCGGUGUGGUAGUCAACCAUGCAUUGUCUAUAUUCACGGCGGCGCCCUGGUCGCAGCCAAUCGAUUCGCUGGUCUCGACACAAGUGUGACAUGGGCAAGGGAGUUCAACGCCAUUAGUAUCAGCGUCGAAUACGGCCGGGCGCCCGAGAACAGUGGCCAGCAACCCGCUGAGGACUGCUAUGCCGCCUUAACGUGGGUGGGCUCGAACCUCACACAGCUUGGGAUCGACCCUGAACGCCUCAUUCUUUACGGGACUUCAGCGGGAGGAGGCUUGGCCGCGGCCACUGCGCUCAUGGCGCGCGACAAGGGUGGCCCGAAGCUCUGCGGCCUCUUCCUCGAGUGCCCUAUGCUGGACGACAGGAAUCAGGCGGUCUCCACGCAGCAGUUCUCGACGGGCCCCUUUUUCAACUCAACCCUGAACAAGUUUGCCUGGGCUUGUCUCCUUGGCGAGCGGGUCGGGACCAGUUCUGUCACCGAGUAUGAAGCUCCAGCUCGCUCCCUCGACCUUGCCGGGCUGCCCCCUACCUUCAUCGACUGUGCUUCUGCGGACCCCUUUCGAGACGAGAUUGUUGCUUUUGCAUCAAAGCUCUGGGAGGAUGGCGUGGCAGCCGAGUUACACGUGUGGCCGGGAGGCCCCCACGGAUAUGACAGGAUCGUACCAUCGGCUCCUAUCUCGGUGCAGGCGAGGCAGGCCAGAUUGGCCUGGAUUCGCAGGGCUUUCACAAAAAGCAUCUGA